AUGGCGAGCCCCGAAGAGCAUCAUGCAUCUGAAAAGAUCGAACCCGUCCUCCCCACCAAGAUCCCAUACUGGCGCCUCGUAUUCGACCAAGGCGUGGUGACCCAGGAAGUCAUGAACCAUCCAUAUCCUGGUUCCGGCACAGAGGACGACCCGUACGCUGUGACAUGGAUCCCCAACGAUCCUCGCAACCCCAUGAAUUUCAGCGAAGUGAAGAAAUGGAGUUUCACAAUGCUUGUGGCUAUUGCCACCUUAGCUGUUGCAUUGGUUUCCUCCGCCUAUACCGGCGGUGUUGCGGAAAUUGAAGAGGAAUUUGGUAUCGGAGACGAAGUCGCUACUUUGGGUGUCUCGCUUUUCGUUAUCGGCUUUGCUGUUGGCCCGCUGCUUUGGGCUCCUUUCAGCGAGCUGUUCGGCCGCCAGAUCCUCUUCACCACCACCUACUGCGCCCUGACUGCAUUCAAUGCUGGUUGCACCGGCGCGAAGAAUUCCUGGACUCUCAUCAUCCUCCGUUUCUUUGCCGGCGCCUUUGGAUCCUCUCCCCUCACAAACGCCGGUGGCGUCAUUGCUGAUAUGUUUCCGGCGAAGCAGCGUGGGAUUGCUAUGAGUCUCUUUGCUGCUGCGCCCUUCCUCGGUCCCGUCUUGGGUCCCAUAAUUGGUGGUUUCUUGGGAAUGAACGAGGGAUGGAAGUGGGUGAUGGGUUUUCUGGCCAUCUUUUCGGGUGCGGUUUGGAUCUUGGGCUCCCUCCUGAUCCCGGAAACUUACGCGCCGGUGCUGCUCCGCCGCCGUGCCGAGAAGCUUUCGAAGCUCACGGGCAAGGUCUAUACUAGCAAGAUCGACAUCGACCAAGGAAAGGUCUCUCUGAAGGACUCCUUCAAGAUUGCUCUGUCCCGCCCCUGGAUCCUGUUGCUCAAAGAGCCGAUUGUCUUCCUUCUAUCGCUGUAUAUGGCUAUCAUCUACGGUACCCUGUACAUGAUGUUCGCGGCUUUCCCUAUUGUCUACCAAGCAGAUCGUGGCUGGAACCAAGGAAUUGGCGGCCUGGCUUUCCUCGGUAUCAUGGUUGGCAUGCUGAUUGCCGUGGUUUAUACUCUCUGGGACAAUAAGCGGUAUAUCAAGGUCCAGGAUGCGCAUGAAGGUUUCGCGCCCCCGGAGGCUCGUCUGCCGCCUACUAUGGUCGCCUCGAUCGCAGUCCCUGUGGGCUUGUUCUGGUUUGCGUGGACAAACUACCCUUCGAUCCACUUUAUGGCCAGCAUUGCGGCUGGUGUGCCCUUCGGCUUUGGCAUGGUGCUUGUCUUCCUAGGUAUCAUGAACUACCUGAUCGAUGCCUACACCAUCUUCGCCGCAUCCGUCCUUGCCGCCAACUCAGUCCUGCGUUCCUGCUUCGGUGCUGCAUUUCCUCUGUUCACCACCUACAUGUAUAACAGCCUGGGUAUCCACUGGGCUUCCUCGAUCCCCGCGUUCCUGGCCCUCGCCUGUCUACCCUUCCCGUUCCUGUUCUACAAGUAUGGUGCCGCCAUCCGCAAACGCUGCAAGUUCGCUGCUCAGUCCGAUGCGUUCAUGCGCAAGAUCCAGGAGCAGGCCACUGCUAUCCCAUCCGAAAAGGAAGAGGAGAUUAAGUUCGAUCGCACCGAGGCUCCUGCUCCAGACGGAUCGCUGUCCAGCGAGUCCGAUUCCGCUACUGGCGAGCUUCCCUCGGCACAGCGCAUCCGCAGUCGCGCUUAUUCUUCUGCCUCUCGCACAAGCUCGUUGCACCGCGUGCCAACCUACGAAGGCAACCCGUACGAUAUUGAUCGGGUCCACACCCGCGAAUCGUUCAAGAACUAA